AUGUUAGGAAUCGCCUUUAGAAGUUUGGUGAGAAGGUCGGAAGUUUCAGCCUCAAAACCAUUUGGAAGCCUAAACGACUGCUUCAAACUUUUUGAAACUAAUAAUUCAGUCCCAACUCAAGAAUUAUAUGACGCUUUUAAGUACCUCGCCUCUGAUAACACAGUCAGAAAAGAUGCAAUAAAAGAUGAACGAUACCCUUCAAUCCUUAACCAGCUAGAUACACGUCUGAGCACAUUAAAUUCCUCAUACUUGGGGAAUUUUGCACUCAGACUGGUUUUAUUAUCACAGUCGAACAACUACUUGGGAAGCAACCGCAAUGAUGUGAACGUCGAACAAACAAAAAAAGUAAUUGAGAAAAUAGCAACAACGAUGAUUGAUAAAGGAGGACAUGUUAAGGAAAUCAGUCAAGUAGCAUACGCAGCAUCGAGUUUGGGGGUGGUAAACCAUCCGAUUUUCGAUUAUGAAAAACAACAACUUACACUAAAUAUCGAUCUGGCAACUCCGGACUCACUAAACUUAUCACUACAGACGGCAUAUAAGAGAGGAACAAGAGAUAGAGUUUAUUUGGCACUUUUGUGUGAAAAACUGUCAGAACUUACUGACAGAUUCACUGCAAACGAUGUAGUUAUGACACUAAGAUCACUAUCAAAAACAGGGCUGUUGAAAGGGUUUCUAUUGCGUAGACUUUUUACUCUAAUGAUGGACAAUCUUGACCAAUUUUCAGAGUCUCAACUCAUUCAGUGCUCAUACAGACUUGCGACACUCAAGUUCUUCACUAGUAACAAUUUUAAGACCGUUUUCAACAUUCUCAAGCCGAAACUUGAAGACUUACCAUUUCACCUAAAAGUUGAGUUACUUGCUGCAAGUUAUUUGAGUAACGUCGAGACAGACAAUGAAGAUAUGCUUAACUUUCUGGAUUCUAUAAAAUUGGACCAGGACUACGAUCUUUUGAACUUGGCCGACUACGUGUAUGCAUCUGCUUAUUACAAAAGAUAUGGGGAUCGACUCCAAAAGGCAGUUUCAAGCAUGUUUAGUAAAACUCCGUUUAUUGCCAGGAAAUACGCUUUACUUGCAAAAGAGGCUCUUGACUCUAUUUCCCUAGAGUCCAAGUUGAAGAUAAACAUACCAGAUGCCUGGAAGGAGGCGCUGGACAACUUUGAAAAAACUGAAAUCGAGAGGAUGGAAAGUCAGCCAAUUUACCAAGAAUCCAAAAAAAUUCUAGAAUCGACUGGAAAAUUCAAAUACUUGCAGAAAGUUGGACCUUAUCUAGUUUCAUUUGUGGACGAUGAGCGAAAAUUAUGUAUCGAUGUGGAAUACGGCACUCUGAUCAGCAAUUUAUCGUUAAAAUUAAGGAACCUCAAUGCACUUGGAUAUAAGGCAUCUGUAGUUAGAUAUUGGGAAUGGAGAAGACUAAAAACAGAAAAGAAUGAGCUGAAGUACGCCUUCAGAUUGUAUGAUAAGGAUUACGAUGGGAAACUCUCGUUCAAUACCUUUAAAACUCUUAUCAAAUCUAUAGGAAUCCACCUUACUAAGGGCGAAUUGGAGUUUCUAGAAUAUGAGGAAAGUGUCCGGGGAGGGUUUACGCUCGAAAACUUAUACGCUCUCGGGGAAUCCUUUUACACAAAUUCUGUUAUAAAGGGAAAGGUUAUGGAAUCCCUGAAAGAACACUUCAACAAUUCCACCUAUUUGGACAAAUUUGAGCUUAAAAAGGUCCUAAUUAAACUAGGGAAUCAAUUGAGGGCCAGUGAGCAGGAAAUUGAAUCGUUUUUUAAAUUUUACAUAAAUGAUGAAGUAUCAAAAAAUUUUACAGUUGAAAGAUUCGUUGAUGAGUAA